AGUGGGUACCUGAAGUGUGGGGCAGGUAAAGGGGCCUUCAGGCAAGAGCCCAGACCUGCAGAGACAGUCCGAGACUGUCUCGGACUCCCUGACAGGCUGCAGCAGCCGCACCCGCACCAGGAAUACCCCACCAGUGCCCACCAGGGUGGUGCCAAGGUCAGGCCUCCCCUUCCUACAAUCACAGCUGCGGCUGGACCUCCGGCCUCCUGGGAAGCCCAGCAGGAGGGAAGGCCUGAGGUCACACUGUGGGAUGAGGUCACCGCUGGCUCCACCCACAGCCCCAGAGCCCUUCAGCCCACUCUGCAAGUUCGAGCUUCAUCCCCACGAAGUUCUCCGCUGGACCCGGAUGCCAGUGGAGCACAGAGCGGCCGCCAGGGGGCGCCUUGGGGCAAGAGUGGUGGGGGUUGUGGCUGGGCGGGUCUCUGUUCCUGGAAUGGGGCAGGAGGGAGAAGGAGGAGCCAGCGGAAGGACGGUGUGCGGGCCAGCCAGCCCUGGACGAAAGAAGAGGGCCCCUCCGAGCCAGUCUGGGCACCCUGGGAUAGCAGCUGCAGGCAUGGCCGACUCUGCACAGGCCCAGAAGCUGGUGUACCUGGUCACAGGGGGCUGCGGCUUCCUGGGAGAGCACGUGGUGCGAAUGCUGCUGCAGCGGGAGCCCCGGCUCGGGGAGCUGCGGGUCUUUGACCGACACCUGGGUCCCUGGCUGGAGGAGCUGAAGACAGGGCCUGUGAGGGUGACUGCCAUCCAGGGGGACGUGACCCAGGCCCAUGAGGUGGCAGCAGCUGUGGCCGGAGCCCAUGUGGUCAUCCACACGGCUGGGCUGGUAGACGUGUUUGGCAGGGCCAGUCCCGAGACCAUCCAUGAGGUCAACGUGCAGGGCACCCGGAACGUGAUCGAGGCUUGUGUGCAGACGGGAACACGGUUCCUGGUCUACACCAGCAGCAUGGAAGUUGUGGGGCCUAACACCAAAGGUCACCCCUUCUACAGGGGCAACGAAGACACCCCAUACGAAGCAGUGCACAGGCACCCCUAUCCUUGCAGCAAGGCCCUGGCUGAGUGGCUGGUCCUGGAGGCCAACGGGAGGAAGGCAAUGUUGCCUGGAUGCACGUGCUGGCAGCCCGGGAGCUGGAGCAGCGGGCAGCCCUGAUGGGGGGCCAGGUAUACUUCUGCUACGAUGGAUCACCCUACAAGAGCUACGAGGAUUUCAACAUGGAGUUCCUGGGCCCCUGCGGACUGCGGCUGGUGGGUGCCCGCCCACUGCUGCCCUACUGGCUGCUGGUGUUCCUGGCUGCCCUCAAUGCCCUGCUGCAGUGGCUGCUGCGGCCACUGGUGCUCUACGCACCCCUGCUGAACCCCUACACGCUGGCCGUGGCCAACACCACCUUCACCGUCAGCACCGACAAGGCUCAGCGCCAUUUCGGCUAUGAGCCCAUGUUCUCGUGGGAGGAUAGCCGGACCCGCACCAUUCUCUGGGUACAGGCCGCUACGGGUUCAGCCCAGUGACGGUGGGGCUGGGGCCUGGAGGCCCAUUACAGCACAUCCAUCCAGGUCCCGAGCCCUCACACCCUGGACGGGAAGGGACAGCUGCAUUCCAGAGCAGGAGGCAGGGCUCUGGGGCCAGAAUGGCUGUCCUUGUCGUACAGCCCUCCACAUUUUCUUUUUCUUUUUUGAGACAGGGUCUUGCUCUGUCACCCAGACUGGAGUGCAGUGGUGUGAUCAUAGCUCACUGCACCCUCAACCUCCUGGGUUCAAGCAAUCCUCCUGCCUCAGCCUCCUGAACAGCUGGGACCACAGGUGCACGCCACCACACCUGGCUUUUUUUUGUUGUUUUUAGAGACAGGGUCUCACUAUAUUGCUCAGGCUGGUCUUGAACUCCUGGGCUCAAGUGAUCUUCCCACGUGGGCUUCCCAAAACGCUGGAACUACAAGUGUGAGCCACCGCGCCUGGCCCAAGCCCUCCACAUUUUCAAUCCAGGAGCCUUGAGUCUGUGUUGUGUCCUGACACCUCCAAGUUCUAGGGCCGUCAGGACACAAGGGGAGGGUUUGGGGACAGAGUGUCCUUCCUCUGUCCUCUUACCCCAGUCCUGAUGGCCGCUUGGUGAGUGUCUGGUGCCCUGGUAGCCUGCCCCGGCUCUCUUCUGGCUUUCUGAGCAGGAAGCGAGCAGAGGCUCCACAGGCUUACACUGCUCUCCUGACAUCCACACGCGACCCUCAGUGCAGAGUGCAGAGGCGGCUCUGGUUCCUCCAGCCACCUCAGUCCCUCUUUGGGAGGUGAUGUUCCCAUUGUUUUUCAAAGGCCUCAUCUUCAACUGUCUGUCUUAGAAUUCCCCUCUGGAGGGCUAUGGCCUCCCUACGCUUUCACUUCCCACCUCUCUACCUAAGUUCCUUCCCGGCACAUCGCCAGCCCUGGGCCUGGGGAUGUCCCCAAUGCUGUACCUGACCGACCCCGGAUUAAAAGCCUCAUCCACGA